AUGUUUAAUGUGAUUUUGCUUCUGUGUAUUACGGCUCUGACUUAUGGUCAUAGAAUAAGACAGUGCACAUGCAACGAAAUUCAACCGUGCAGCAACGUCGAUGCUCGUACAAUUUUUACAUGCGCGGAUAAAUGCCAAGUGAAGGGUCACGUAGCUAAAAGUGGUGUCUCCUAUCCUGCUUUGCGUAUGUGCUACCAGGAAAUCGAGAGUACUAUAAACGCUGUCUUCGGAUGCGUAAGGGACAAGUUAUCGAAUUCGUGCUCAAAGGUGCCUCCACCUUUGACGGUGCGUCAGUUUAAUCCAACACUUUUCAAGGUGGAGCUGAUCAAAGAGGUCAUCACACAGCUCAAAGCAUCAGGAAUUAAACACGAAGUGAUUAAGUACUUCCUUGAAGAGAAGGAAUACUCGAAAUGUCGGCUGGAAUGUUUUAGUGAUGAGGCGUUAAAAUGUUUGAGGGAGAGGAGAUGUGGACUUGUACUUCCGUCUAAUCGCGAUCUGGUUCUAAUUUUGAAACAAUGUGCACUGCCGAACGGAAUGGGAACAGCGGGUUUCCGUAAGCUGUGUCGUUGUAAAGUCAAAGCUGGAGCAGCAAGUCUUGCCAAUAUCUGCGGGAAAAUAGUGGUUUCGUAA